ACAUAGAGCAUGCACCGUCGUCGGAUGACGUGGAAAUGGCCGUGAAAGAACCAACGGAGAAUGACGUCAUCACCAUCGGAAGUUGCCGGAAAAAUGACGUGGCAAUGGUGGUGAUGAGGGUGAUAUGCGUGGCGGCGGCGGCGGCGGCUGUGAUGUUUAUGGUCACUGCCCGUCAGACUAGCGUUGCAUCUCUCUAUGGCUUCCAACUUCAGCUCCACUCUGUCUGGUCUCUCUCGGAUUCACUCGUAUAUCUAGUCGUCGUCUCAUCAGCGACUGCGGCUUACUCGUUGCUCCAACUACUCAUAAGUGGAGCAAGACUCGUGAAGAAACGCCCUGUGAUUCCGACAAGACACCAAGCCUGGUUCUGCUUCGCUUCAGAUCAAAUAUUCGGGUACGCGAUGAUGAGCGGAGGAUCGGCGGCGCUGGGAGUGACGAACAUGAACAGGACGGGGAUAAGACACGUUCCUCUUCCGGAUUUCUGCAAGUCCCUUGACCGCUUCUGCGACCGUGUCGCUGUCUCCGUCCUCUUCUCCUUCCUCGCCUUUCUUCUCCUCUCCGCUUCUUCCUUCCUCGACGUCUUUCGCCUCUCCCGAACUUGAAACUACGUACCAUCGAUCUAAAAACUUGUCGAGAGUUAACGUAAUUCUAGAGUCUUACGAAUUCAAAUCUAUUGUAUUUUGGUGUAUUUUCUUUGGUAAUAUAUGUUUAUCCAAGUUGUUUGUGAUUUCAUCAUGGAUGCGUCUAGAAUCCGAUAAUUAAUGUUUUUUUGUUUGGU